AUGAGCGGGAUAGGUGAAUCACGAACUGAACUAUUAAAUUGGUUGAAUGAUCUGUUGAAGUUGAACUAUAAGAAGAUAGAAGAAUGUGGCACAGGUGCCGCCUAUUGUCAAAUAAUGGACUCUAUUUAUGGUGAUGUACCCAUGCACAGAGUUCGGUUUAACAGUACUGCAGACUAUGAGAACCAAAUAAAUUAUAAAGUUCUUCAGAGUAACUUUACCAAGCACAAUAUUGAGAAGACAGUAUAUGUAGAUAAAUUAAUUAGAUGCCGGUUUCAAGACAAUCUGGAGUUCUUACAAUGGCUCAAAAAAUACUGGGUAAACAAUAAAGAUGGAACACCUUAUGAUGCGGAGGCACGCAGGAAUUACAGACCAAUAUCGAGUACAAAUAGCGGUACUCCAGGUACACCUUCUGGACUCUCCAGUGCUAGUAAUAGUAGUUCUACACUAAACAUAUCUAAACGAAGAAAUAUGAGUGACUCGACAUCUCUAAGCCGUACUCAAUCUCUAUCUACAAGGUAUGCCAGCGGAACUUCAGGAAACAAUAUAAAUCGUAGGGUAACCAGUGAGCAAAUAAUAGCUUUGCAAACUGAGCUAUCUCAAUCUCAUAACAAAAUUCAAGAGAUGGAACAAGAAAUGGGAACUUUUAAAGAGGCUCUAACGGCUAUGGAAGCAGAGAAUAACUUUUAUUUCUCUAAACUGCGCGACAUCGAAAUAUUAGUCCAAACUACUCAAGAUUUUAUCAAGGAGGGUUUAUACAAGGGCGAUGUCGAAGAACUUGAUAAAUUUACUAACAAAGUACAGCAUAUUUUAUAUGCCACUAUUGAGUCGGCGUCUAACGAAGAAACUAAAGAUACUAAUGAAUCCAACAGGAUUACAACUAACAACACUUCUUCAGGAAAUAUAGCAUCACAAACCCUCGAGGGAGAAUCGCUGCGAUCAAGUAACAACUUGAUAAUUGACGAAGAAACUUUCUAA